GACGUAUUUGACGUUAUGCUCUGCUGCGUCCUCUCUGGUGCAGGGGGGUUUCUAUAAUGGCGUCGAUGCAGAAAAGGCUACAGAAGGAACUAUUAGCUUUACAGAAUGAGCCACCCCCUGGAAUGACAUUAAAUGAGAAGAGUGUGCAGAACACAAUAACACAGUGGAUUGUAGAUAUGGAAGGAGCCCCCGGUACACUGUAUGAAGGAGAAAAGUUUCAGCUUCUAUUCAAAUUCAGUAGUCGAUAUCCUUUUGAUUCACCUCAGGUUAUGUUCACUGGUGACAAUAUACCUGUCCAUCCUCACAUUUAUAGCAACGGUCACAUCUGUUUAUCCAUUUUAACAGAAGAUUGGUCUCCAGCUCUGUCAGUGCAAUCAGUCUGUCUUAGCAUUAUCAGCAUGCUUUCCAGUUGCAAAGAAAAGAGACGGCCACCAGAUAAUUCGUUUUAUGUAAGAACAUGUAACAAGAAUCCAAAGAAAACAAAAUGGUGGUAUCAUGAUGAUACGUGUUAAUGUUCAGUUUUGUAAUGGUCCUAGAAGAAAGAAGUCCUACUGAGUACAUAAGCACUUUGAUCAUACAGUCUUUGAACUUUACCUUUGACUGAAAAAAUGGACACAUUGCGCUGAAGACAACUUUCUUUUACUGCAUUUCUACCAGCAUGCAGUUUGAUGCAUGUUGAUAGCUGGUUUUAAACAAACAAA